AUGUCCUCCAGCAGCCAAUCCUUCCUCCUCGACCCCGAAAAGCCUACGGGAGCCAUGCGAUACAGCCAUGCGCGAGUAGUGCAGCCUUCAACUCACCACACAAUCUACGUCUCUGGCAUUGCCGCAGUAAGCCCAGAUGGAACCUAUGAGGGAGUCAUCGAGCAUGCAGAUGGAACCUUCACAGCCGAUGUACGACAACAAACAGCGGCCGUCUUGCGUCGCAUCGAAAGCAUUAUCAAAGGCGCGUCAAAUGGCAAAGCAAAUCUAUACAACAUUGUCGAUGCGACCGUUUAUAUCUUGGAUAUGAAGACCCAAUAUGCCGGCAUGAAUGAGGAAUGGAACAAGAUCUGGUCCGAUCGUGCAAGUGCUCCUAGUCGGGCUACUAUUGGAGUUAGAGAACUCCCGGAUCCUCGUUUUAUGGUGGAAAUUAAAGUGAUUGCGAUAUUUGAAGCAUGA